GGAGUGUAUCACCCGCAGAAAUUGGACAAGAUUCGAGUCGUCAUUGACUCAAGUACGCAGUAUAACAGCUUGUCCCUCAAUGACACUCUCCUCAGUGGUCCAGACUUAAACAGCACACUACGGUUUCGUAGAGAGCAAGUGGCAGUCACUGUGGACCUUGAGCAAAUUUUUUAUUGUUUCAGAGUUAGAGAGGAUCACAGGAAUUAUCUGAGAUUCCUGUGGUUCAAGGACAACGACAUCAGCAAGGAAGCCACAGAAUACAGGAUGAAGAUGCACGUCUUCGGCAACAGCCCAUCCCCAGCUGUGGCAAUCUAUUGUUUGAGACGUGCAGCUGAGGUUGGUGAAGAGGAACAUGGCCUCGAGGCAAAGCAUUUUGUCUUUCACAACUUCUAUGUUGAUGAUGGACUUAUUUCUGUGCCCAGUGAAGGAGAAGCUGUCAGCCUCUUGGAGUGUACAAGACAUUUGUUAGCGGAAUUAAACAUCAGGCAUCACAAAAUAGCCUCCAAUCGACACCAAGUCAUGGAUGCAUUCCCUUCAGAGGAGAGAUCAAACGAUCUCAAAGACUUGGUCUUGAGUGCCAACCUGCUGCCACUGCAAAGAAGUCUUGGCUUUAGUUGGGACUUACAUACAGACAGUUUCACAUUUCAGGUAGCGCAGGAAACCAAGCCCUUUACCAGGAGAGGAGUUCUUUCUGUGGUAAACAGUCUGUAUGACCCCCUUGGAUUUGUUGCCCCGAUUACAAUUCAAGGAAAUUAUUUCAAAAUAAAACACAUCCUGUGUCAAAUAAGUAUUUCCUGCUGCAGCAGAUUUACUUGAAAUUAAACUCAAAGUUUGCUUCUGAACUGAAAUUAGACACAAGAUAAAAAAAAAAUACGUAAGUAUAAACCUAUAUCAGUCAUAAACUACAGAAAAUAAUAUAUUUGUAAUAAUGUGAAAUUAUAUUUUUAAUGGUAAUCCAACAACUUGAAUAGUUCAAGUCACUGGCAGUGAAACUGAAGACAAGCUUGAAAAUAAAUUAUUUAAUCUUGUAUCUGAUUAUAAUUUUACUUUACUUUAAAGUUUACUUUAAAGUUAUUUUCUAUUGAGAAGGAAGUGAUCUUUAAAAUACCUAACAUUUGUUGCCUGCUUUUAGGUGUGUUUUACCGGCUGCAUACCAUGGAAGGAGUAGCACAGAAUCAAAAGUGAAACACAAAUCUUAGUGUUGUUUAAGUCAGGGAUAGUCAGGAGGGAGAAAGGCUCUGUCUUUUAGUUUUUUUUUUUUUUGUUUAAUAUAGCAGAUGAAUUUCUGCAUCAUUUAUUUUUUGAAGCCAGAUAUUUAAGCAAGAGAGAUAGUGGAAAGAUUCACCUUUAUUUUUGAAAAAAGAGGGAUUCAGGAGGAGGGGAAUGUGACGAGGUUCAGAAGAUUGGAAACAACACUUAUAGAAUCUGCUUGAAGGCGAAAUAAGGUAAGCAAAACUCAAUGAUAUAAAGAGAAAAAUGUUACUUUUUGUGAGAUUGCAGACUUUAUUGUGACCUUUUUUGUCUGAAGAUCAGGAAAGGGUUUUGCAAAGGAAGUCUCACACCAUCUGUCUUCCUAACGGAAACCUGCAUCUGACUGUGAGCAGCAGCAGCUCUUUACAGGCUUCUGAUCAGCCAUCGACAAGCCACGGGCAGACAUUCAUCAAAGCAAACACAAAAGAGCUUGAGAAGAUUUUCCAAAUUGAGACCUUCCUCUUGUUUUACCUGAGAGACCGCCCUGAAGCUUUGAAGUUCUUACAAAGCAGCUCGAUGCAAUCCACUGUAGUCUGAGGUUAGAUUUUGAUACAGAGGAGGCAGUGGUGAGAGGGGAUGUUGUGAAGGAAUCAGGAGGAGCUUUUUGGGGCUGCACCAGGUUGACAAGAUCUUCAUCGAUCUCAUUGAGAAAUAUACUUCCCAUCACGUGUUUGAGCCUAAACUGGUCAAGAAAGUGCAGCAGGAUCUCAGCAAAUUCACUGAUGAUAUAAAAGCGUACUCUCAGACAGGUUAUGUUGUGCUUGUGGCCGAAACGGAAGGAGAAGGUUUCAGUAAUAGAGAAGGGGCUUACAUCCACCAUGGAGCUGCCAAUCACGGAGAAACACCUCAAGCUGAUAGAAGAAGAGUUCAGAAGAGAAAUGCAAGCUGAUUCUCCAGAAGUUAAAAUCACCACACGUACCAACAUGGUAAUCUUGGAGGGCACUGAGGAGAAAGUAAAGUCAGGAGCUGCAAAGCUAGACAAGCUGGUCAAAAAGAUAAAAGUAAAGAGAGUUCAGCUCUCUCCAUGUUUGUCUGCCUUCAUGAAAACAAGCAACGCCCUCUCCAAAUAUGAAGCUCGAUUUCAGCAGAGGUUUAGAAGUCCUGUGUCCCUGGAAGUGGAUUCUGACCUGCAUCUGUCCAGUUUGUCUCCUGUAUCCCUGGAGGAAGCAGAGGCAACAUUGCUGAGAGACAUUGUUGUGAUCAGUGUUCAGUUGCAGGAGCAACCCACGGUCCCUCCAGAGCUGAGAGCAAUCCUCAACAAGGCCAAGGACGAGGCCAACUCUCUGAGUCUCCAAGUGGAGGUCAGCUUCAUCCCAGGUGUCAAUGAAACCACCGUGCUGCUAGUUGGCUACUCACCAGAGGUCACCAAACUUAAAGAGUUUCUUCAUGAUUAUCUGUUGAAUCAAGCUCCAACUGAAGAGAUGAUCAAACUGCCAGAUCCAGAACUUGUGGAAUGCUUUGAUGAAAUGUUGAACAGGCUUGGAGUGAAUAUAACCAGUGUCACACUACAGACAUCACAUGUCCCAUAUCCAUGUGUGAUUCUGUCUGGUCCCGAGGGUCAAGUUAAGGACGUACAUAAGACUCUCCAGCCUGUUGUAGCCGACCUAACAGUAGACUCUUUGGUCUUGAAUGGGCCAGGGGCUCUGCGAUACUUCCAGGGAGUUGGAAAAGUUAGCAAAGAUUUGGUUGAGACUUCCCAUAAGGUCAUUAUCAGGGAGCAGCAAGGAGUCCCAAAUGUAAACGCCCAACAGCAAGACAGCAUCACACACCUGAAAUCACUCAGACCAUCCCUGUACAGACAAAGCAAGAGCUCAGUUGGAAGUCCAGCUGUCAGGCAAAUAAAUCUCAGGAUCAGGCUUUGCCGUCUAGAGGAUGAACAGGUGAACGUUUUUGUGGCUCCUGUUCUUAAGAAUCAGCUUAACUCCAACAAUAUUAGUAAAUCCCUGCUAAGAAAAGGGGGCAGCAUUCUCCAGUCUCAGUUCGACGCAACAGCAGCAAACUGUGUCCUCCACCCUGGAGAAGUUCUUCAGGUCCCUGGACCUCCAUCUCUGGGAUGCUCCAAGAUCUUCUUCAUAGAGUGCUCGCCUUGGGAUGGUGUUGGAGGACAGAGUGUUCAGGCUCUAAACAAAGGGCUGGAGAAAUGUUUGGACCUCUGUGGAAAGCAGGGCUAUAGCUCAGUGGCCAUACCAAUCAUUGGACAUGGAGUUGUUCUGAAGUAUUCUCUAACAGAAGCUAUUAAAGUGCUGACACAGACAAUUACUGAGUUUGGAUCAGCUGCAACUUCCGGGUCUCUCUCCAGCAUCAAUAUUGUGAUCCAUCCUGAUUAUUCGGACUCUGAGAAGACUUACCAUGAAGUCCACAAAAACCUUUGUUCAAGUAUGAACCACACAGGCCAAGCAAUAUUCAGGUCCCUCACCAGUGACCUUGAUGAAGUCAUCAUGGCGUUGGGAGGCAACGUUCAACUACACCUCGUGUUUGGGGACAUCACCAACGAAACUACAGACGUUGUAGUGAACACAACAGACUUCACCAAUUUCCACAAUGAGGGGGUGUGCAAAGACAUCCUGACAGUGGCUGGACCCCAAGUGGAGGCAGAACUGAGAGCAGCCAAAGUGAACCAUGGAGACAUUUUUGUGUCCCAGUCUGGGCAGUUCCCUUGUAAAGCAUUUUUUCAUGUUUGCGGAGAAAGAGAUGAAAGUCUCAUUGAGGAACUUGUGAGCAACAUCAUAAAUCAAUGUGAGAAGUCUGGGUUUGAAUCUGUGGCCAUUCCUGCCAUCUGUACUGGGGCCGGUGGGUUGGACCCUGGGAUUGUAGCAGGUGCAGUCCUUCGUGGAAUCAAAACUGAAACUUCGUCCUGGAAUUUUCAUAAACUCACCCGCAUCUACAUUGUCCUGAAUAGGAUUAAGGUUUUCCUAGUGUUCAAAGAAGAAGCAGUGCAGAUGUUUUCUCCAGUUAUUAGGAAAGCACCUGCGAUGCCUCAGGUACGACAACAGUCACCUCCUCUGAUCACAGACCUGAAACUUACCAAUAUAAGUUCAGGAAGUCAGCAGUCUACCUUCAAGUUCAUUGGUCCUGGUAAAAACACAGUUGAUGAUGCCAUGAAAAAUCUGAAGAGCCUGUACGAGUCACAGUGUUCCACUCAAACCAUCAGCAAAGAAGACAUGGAAGUCCUCACCCAGGAAGACAUUGAGGCCUUCAAGCAGCUGGUUGAGUCCGAGGGUCUGUUCAUAGAGGAGGACCCAUCAGGUGGCCUAACAGUGACUGGACUAAAAGAUGGAGUUACCCAGUUGAUGAUGAUGAUGAUUCAAUCAUGUCUGCAAGGCCGUUUGAGAAUAGAGAUGAGAGUUAGAGAGGAGGAAGAUUUGUAUAAUCGUGUAAUGUGGUGUAUCUUGGACCAAAGAGGCAACUGGCAAAGAUUACCAAAAAUAGCAAACUACAAUCUGGAAAAGAGAGAUAUUGCAGCAGGAAUAGAGGAUGCACAUGGUGUCACAUGGGAAGUAAAUCUGCAAAAGAAGACGGCAACUGCAACUGCAACUGGACAGAAGACAAAACUGAAGCGUCUCAAAAAUCUGACAGACUUUAGCUUUCCUCUAUACUGGGAUAACAUGACUGCAAAUGAGUCCAUGAAAGUGGUUCCACUAAGGCAAUCUUCUAAAGAGUACAAACUUGUGAAGGAGGCUUUUAAAAUGACUGCAAGACAAACUGUAAUCAAGAUCGAGCGCUUACAGAACAUUCAUCUGCGGCGGGCCUACGAAGCACAAAAGAAGCACAUAGCCUUUAAGAAUGCAACACUUGGAGGGGAAAGCGAAAAUACUCUUUUCCAUGGGACAUCCCAUGAAAACUGUAACUCCAUCAUGAACAAUGGGUUCAACAGGAGCUUCGCAGGACAAAAUGCAACGGCAUAUGGGGAAGGAACCUACUUUGCUGUAAAUGCGUCCUACUCGGCACAAAGCACUUACUCCAAGCCAGGUGCUGACGGCUCUCAGCUGAUGUUUGUGGUUCGGGUGCUGACUGGCGUCUACGCUCAGGGUCAAAAAGGCAUGAAGGUGCCUCCACUACGCAAUGCCCAACAACCCAAUGAGCGCUUUGACAGCGUGGUGGAUGAUAUAAACAACCCCAGCAUGUAUGUUGUGUUCCAUGAUGACCAAGCCUAUCCAGAUUACCUUAUCACCUUCAAGUAAGAGUUCAUUGAAUAUUCUGUGGGUUUGCUUUUCCCAAAUAAUUAUUUGUAAAUAAAGUAGGAAAUAUGUUUCAUUAAAUUAAAAUAAAUUCAUAAAUGAUAAUUUUGUGAAAAUGAUUUGAAAAUAUGCUUUUCCCUUUUAACCUUCUCAAAUUUGUUUUGUAAAACCUUUCUUUAUUUUUCUUCAGACCA